GUUUUGCAAUGGAACAUAUAUGGUUGCUGCUGCUUCUAACAAUUAGAGUGCUUCCGGGGUCUGGUCAGUUCAAUGGCUACAACUGUGAUGCCAACCUCCACAGUAGAUUUCCUGCUGAAAGAGACAUCAGUGUCUACUGUGGGGUGCAGGCCAUUACCAUGAAGAUUAAUUUUUGCACGGUUCUUUUCUCGGGUUAUUCAGAAACUGAUUUGGCACUGAACGGAAGGCAUGGGGACUCCCACUGCAGGGGGUUCAUCAAUAACAACACCUUCCCAGCAGUGGUCAUUUUCAUCAUCAAUCUCAGCACCUUGGAGGGCUGUGGAAACACCUUGGUGGUAUCCACAAUUCCUGGAGUCAGUGCUUAUGGAAAUGCAACUUCUGUACAAAUAGGAAAUAUUUCAGGAUAUAUUGACACCCCAGAUCCACCAACAAUCAUCAGCUAUCUACCUGGGCUUCUUUACAAAUUUAGUUGUAGUUAUCCAUUGGAAUACCUGGUUAAUAAUACCCAGCUUGCUUCGUCCUCAGCUGCUAUUUCUGUGAGAGAGAACAAUGGCACAUUUGUCAGCACUUUGAACCUGCUACUGUAUAAUGAUUCAACCUACAAUCAGCAGUUAAUUAUCCCCAGUAUAGGAUUACCUUUGAAAACCAAAGUAUUUGCGGCUGUACAAGCCACUAAUCUGGAUGGAAGGUGGAAUGUUCUAAUGGAUUAUUGCUACACAACCCCAUCAGGGAAUCCCAAUGAUGACAUUCGAUAUGAUCUCUUCCUUAGCUGUGAUAAAGAUCCUCAGACCACCGUCAUUGAAAAUGGCCGAAGCCAACGGGGCCGGUUUUCCUUUGAAGUGUUCCGAUUUGUGAAACAUAAGAAUCAGAAAAUGUCCACGGUCUUCCUGCACUGUGUUACGAAGCUCUGCAGAGCUGAUGAUUGCCCCUUCCUUAUGCCAAUUUGCGGGCCCAGGGAAAGGAGAGAUGCGGGGAAGAGGACAACUGGGAGCCCCCAGGGCACUUCUGGAAGCGCAGUCCUCUCUGCCGGUCCCAUCAUUACUCGGAGCGAUGAGACUCCAACCAACAAUUCACAGCUUGGCUCUCCAGGUGUGCCCCCUUUCCAGCUGAAUCCCAUCACCAGCGCACUGAUAUCAGGAAUAGUGAUUCUGGGAGUCAUGAGCUUCUCCCUUCUCCUGUGCUCACUGGCCCUUCUACACAGGAAGGCACCCACUAGUCUGGUGUUGAACGGUAUAAGAAACCCAGUCUUCGACUGACUGUAAUAGGUUCCGGCUCUGACUUGCUUUCACUGACUCUGCUGUGUAUGACUGCGGUUGGUGUUCCAUCUGAAGUGAAUGCCAGCUGGCAUUGGAUAUUUGUAGGUUCGAUAGAUUUCAUAGUGUAGCUUGUCAGCAUGAUGGUAGUGAAAGAGUUUUGCUAACAUUGCUAUUGUCACUUAAGCAUGUGGCCAGCCCUAUUUUUAUGGUACCAAUGGGUAUACUGACAAUAAGUAAAAAAUAUUCAGAACUCAGAUCUUAUAGGGUCAGUGAUGUUUUAUUUUAUUUCAAUUUUCUAUUGAUUGUUGGUUACUAAGCUAAAAGUGGGCGUAGAAAAAAAUAAAAUUUGCAUUAUUUUUCUAAGCACCAAAGCCCAAUGCAAUGACAUUUAGAUUUGCACGUGUGGUACUAAAAUGGAAGUUGCUUUUGUGUAGUUUGGGAAGGUAUUUUAAUUAGAUUGGCCAAUUUAGAUUCCUGAGAUUUUACUCCUUCUAUGACCUUAAGUGUUUUGGGGUAAUUUCCACAUUAAUCUGGGCAUCUAUUUGUGUAGCCAAUAGUAAAAGUAGUUAUUAGCUUCCAAGGCUCAUACGAAGUGGCCCUGGAUCAUUAUUCAUGAGUAGAAAUGGCAAUGAUCAGUUUUCUCCUUCUGGUUCCUGUGAGAACAUCAGCCCAUGUUAACACUCCUCCCAGGUAGAUAGUUCAGCUGCUGUUGCAGCUCUGCUUCCAGCAGUGAGGCAACUGUGUGAAGAUUAUUCUUAAUUCAAGAAUCAUCACUGUACGUGAAAGCAAACCAUAGUUGUGGG